UGGUGUUCAUUUCAGUCCCUGCCUUCAGAUACAACGAUGAAGAGGUCCCUAUUAAGAACGUUUCUACUUGUUGGUGGUAUAAUAUUACACUGGCAAAAUACUUUGGCUCAGACUAAUCCAUCAGUUGGCAGUUGUAAUGAUGACUCAGAAUGUAUAGAAAAUGCAAAUUGCAAUUUGGAUCAAAACCGGUGCUUCUGUGACGAAACUUCUGCCGCAAUUUCGGCUUUCUCAGUAAUUGGUAAUGUGGCGUGCCAAGUGGGUGCGUGUUCACUAAACAACAGAGAAGACGAAUGUGGUCCACGCGGGCAAUGUCAAUUUGUUUCUUCCACUUUUGACUUCCCCGUCUGCGUCUGUGAAAAGGGCUUUUUUGGAGCAAGAUGCAAUGAUCUCUGUGAUAGGGACAGUGACUGCAAUGGGGGAAGAUGUGUUGAAAAAAAUGGAAAGAAAGUGUGUGACUGUCCACCAGGUGCCGAGGGUAGCCAAUGUCAAGUAACAACAACAACAACAACUAUAUCCACCACGAGGAGAAACCGACUAGGGGGCGUGGUUUUAGCUGUUGGGGGAGGUAUCGGACUACUAGCCCUCCUAGGAGCUGCAGCUGCCACCUCAGCUGUAUCCGGAUAGCAAAAACGGUCAUCCAUAAAUGCGUUUUAUCUACAUGUUAGAUUUACGAAAUAAUUGAAAAGUGUCCAUUCUAUUUAACCUGAAUAAGAAGGACAGAGGAUUGGGAUAUUUUAAAUAUAUAUCGCACUAACAAUUUUUAUACCAAGUUAUCCCUACUACAAUGGCGAUAAAAUCAUUACUUAAAUUAUGACUUCAUUGGUACUGACAAUAAACGAUUCAUAUUGGUUGUUAAAGUUAACUUAAGGGUCCUCCACACCAUGUGACCUGUGACGUAUAUAGAGAAAAAAUUCUUUUACUUCCGGUUUUAUUUAGUAACCCUGAUGACGAUUUGGUCUGUCAUCUCUUGUAAGACAGUCUUACAAACGCUUGCUAAGAGAAAGGUAUAUAUGCAGUACUCUUAGAGCGACACCCUAAUCAUAAACAAUGAAGACAUGGCAUGAUCACGGAAUGACCGAUGUAAAACAGAUGUGCGGGGUUUUUUUUAAAUAAAAGAACAACAGACGUCUGGGAUUAUGUUACAUAAUUAUUCGUAAACAAUGGGUGCCGGUAUCACGAGAAACCUUUAAGUUAUUAAUAUUUUCAGGCUAAUUUUGAUAGUUGAAAUUUUUGCACACUAAAUUGUGCGUUUCAUUAAUAAAU